GACAGACAUUAUGAUGAUACAGGAAUGGUACUUGAAAGUCAUAAUGGUGAUUCUGUAUGGAAUUUCCAUGUCUGGAAUGACUGUUGGAUGGCAAGACCUGAUUUGCCACCUGGAUAUGGUGGAUGGCAAGCAUUGGAUGCUACCCCACAAGAGAGGAGUGAAGGAGUGUAUUGGACAGGCCCUGCACCAUUGGCAGCUGUAAAACAAGGACAUGUAUACUAUGGUUAUGACACUGGAUUCGUAUUUGCUGAAGUCAACGCUGACAGGAUUGACUGGGAAUGCACUACGUUUAAAGGGUUUGUUACCAAGAUGAAAGCCAGGAAUGUUCAAAAGUCAGCCGUGGGUAAAUUUAUCAGUACCAAAGCUGUAAUUGGAAAUGAUAGAGAAGAUAUCACACAUUUAUAUAAAUUUAGUGAAGAUUCGGAGGAGAACCGAAUGGCUGUUGCAUGCGCCAUUGAACAUGGAAGUCGUCCAAAUACAUAUGAUACUGAUGAUGGCCCAGAUGAUGUACAAUUUGAGAUUGAAACUGAUGACAUGGUAACUGUGGGAGAUGAUUAUGACGUCAGAAUUAAAGUGGUAAAUAAAAGUAAUGAGAAGAGAACGGUUGAUGUGUACAUCGCUAGUCAUGUGUGCCACUACACCGGCAUUCCCGUCAAAAACAGUAAAUGCAAAGAUCAGCAUAUUGACUUGGUUUUAGAACCAAACUCGUCAUCUGAAGCUGUUAAAAGAGUAGUAUGUUCUGACUACCUUGGUAAACUAGCUGACCAAUCAGCAAUGAAAAUAUAUGCAAUGGGUAAAGUGAGAGAAACUAAACAGAUGUGGGCGGAUCAAGAUGAUUUCCGUCUGCGUACACCCGAUCUUACAUUAGAGACUGAAGGUCCAUUACAAGUUGGUAAGGAAUUCACACUGAAAAUUUAUCUGAAAAAUCCUAUUCCCUCAACGUUAUCACAGUGUACAGUUAGUAUUGAAGGACCAGGUCUGCAAAAACCUAAAAAAGUCAGACACAACAAUAUUAUUCCACAUGGUGAUAUGAAGAUGGAAGUAAAAUUGACACCACGUAAAGCUGGAAACCGAGUAAUUAUGGCUUCAUUCGAUUCAAAGCAACUUGAUAAUAUCACUGGCUCACUGGACUUGAAAAUUGCACCUCGUGCUUAAGAAGCUACAACCCCUUUUUUACAUUCCGCUUGUGCCAAAGGUUGAAAGUCUAUAUUAUAGAUCU